AUGAGCCCUCACAAUCAGACUAUGGUCAAUGAAUUCAUUCUUUUGGCAUUUUCCAACCUAGGCCAGCUGCAGAUCCUCCUAUUCAGUGUAUUUCUUAUCUUCUAUCUGACAACUGUAAUAGGAAACAUCCUCAUCAUUUUGCUAACAACUCUGGACACCACUUUGCACAGCCCAAUGUACUUCUUCCUCCAAAUCCUGUCCUUUUCAGAAAUUGGAUUUGUAUCAACAAUUGUUCCUAAGCUGCUUGUGAACCUUCUCUCCAUUAAAAAGACCAUCUCCUUAUUAGGAUGCAGGGCACAAAUAUACUUUGUCUUCUUUUUUGGUGCCAUGGAGUGCUUCAUUUUAAUAGUCAUGGCAUAUGACCGCUUUGUUGCUAUAUGCAACCCUCUGCGUUAUACAAUCAUAAUGAACAGGAAGUUCUGUAUAGUGCUGGUGACAGCUGUAUGGGCCUCAGGAUUCCCUGUUGCCACUAUACAGAGUACCUGGCUGCUCAGUUUCCCAUUCUGUAGAUCUAACACAAUUUCUCAUUUCUUUUGUGAUGCUCCACCAAUUCUAAAGUUGGCCUGUGCAGAUACUUACAGGUUUGAGCUAUUUUCCUUCAUAGAAACUAUUAUCUUUCUUUUCUGCCCCUUCACUCUGAUCCUAGUCUCCUACAUUCAUAUUAUUAGCACCAUUUUGAGAAUGCCUUCAGCUGAGGGGAGACGGAAAGCUUUCUCCACUUGCUCUUCACAUAUUAUUGUUGUGACUCUGUUUUAUGGGUCAGCUAGUCUGACUCACUUUCAGCCUAAGUCAAGCUAUGCCCAAGGGAACAAGCAUUUGCUUUCUCUCUCCUAUGUGAUCUUCACACCCAUGUUAAACCCUUUCAUCUAUAGCCUACGGAACAAGGAUGUAAAGGGAGCCUUAAUUAAGCUGCUCAGAAAGAAAAUAUGA